CCCCUCCACCCCUCCAACACCUGCCAGGUACGUCGCCGAGCGCUCCGUCGCCGAGAGGAGAACGCACAUGGACGAUAUGGAGGGACAUGCGCUGACGCUGCCCGCAACUCUGACGCCGAAAACGCAAACGAAAUGUCGAAACUGGUCCCUUAUUCCUCUCACUCGGUCUCUGCCGAUCUCCGGUCCGCGCGCCGACUCGCUGCACUGUGACCACGACACGACGACGACGACGACGACGCCGACGACGACGUCUCCGAUGAUAACGAUUGGUCGCUGCUCUUGUUGUGCUAUGCCUGAUCCGAUGAUAACGGCCCACGAUUGACGCUCUCGUUUGUCACCUACUGUCACCGGCCUUAUUCCAACCGACUUUAAUCGACUCCUACAGCCGUCAAAACAAGCAUGGACAAGGACAAGCUCGCCAAGCUCCAGGCUCAGGUCCGCAUUGGCGGCAAGGGCACUCCCCGCCGCAAGCAGGUCAAGAAGUCGGUGACCUCGGCGCAGGGCGACGACCGCAAGCUCCAGGCUGCGCUCAAGAAGCUCGGCGUCUCGCCCAUCACCGGCGUCGAGGAGGUUAACAUGUUCAAGGAGGACGGCAACGUGCUGCACUUCGGCGCCCCCAAGGUCGCCGUCCACGCCGCCCUCCCCUCGAACACUCUCGCGGUCUACGGCCCCGGCCAGACCAAGGAGCUUACCGAGCUCGUUCCCGGCAUCCUCAACCAGCUUGGCCCGGACUCGCUUGCCAACCUCCGCCGCCUCGCUGAGUCGUACCAGUCGCUUACCCAGCGCCAGGCCGAGGCCUCCAAGGGGAAGAAGGACGGUGAGGUCGGUGACGAGGACGACAUCCCCGACCUGGUGGAGAACUUUGACGAGGCGGAGAAGAAGACGGCCGAUCUCGAGGAGCUCGAGUAG